AUGGUACUUUAUUACCUAGGAUGUGUUUGUGAAAUAAAAACUAGUAAGAUCAAAGAUCUUAAUAAAUAUAUAAAUUUAAGUGAAAACUUUCGUAAGGUGCAAUGUCAACCAACUUUACGAAUAUUACAAAAUCAAGUUCCAGUAGAAAAUCUAUCUUCAACUUCAUUAGCACCAGAGGCAACAACAGUUACUUUAGUAUUUGCUGAAAGAUAUGAAGAAGAAGCUAAUCAAUAUAAUGUAAAUUCAAUGUAUGUAUAUGAAAUGAAAGAAAGUGGAACAGCUAGAAAAGUAAGUAAAGUAUUAUUAGUUUCAUUAUGGAGAGUAUUCUACAAACAAAUAAAUGAACAAAAUUAUGGAGCACAUUUAAGAAUUAAACUGUUUCUAUUAGUAUCAGUUAGAAAAAGAAUAUCAAAAAUUGUGAGACCAUUAGGUAAUCAAGUAAAGUGUAUUCAUAUAAACAGAUUUAUAGUAGCAGGUCAAGUAAAUCUCAAAACAGAUAUAGAAAUGGAAAAAUUAAAACUUGAAAAAAAAAGAUUUACCAGAUUUUAG